CAGAUGCGCCCCUGCGUGCAGACAUCGGCCAGAGCCAGCAGGCAGGACGACGUGGAGGAAGAAGAAGAAGAAGAAGAAGAAGAAGAAGACUUCGAGGAAGAAAAAGGCAGAAUGACGACAGCAGGCAAAACCUUCGACGUGAUCGUGGUCGGCGGAGGGAUAUCAGGGUUGAGUGCAGCCAAGCUGUUAAGAGAGAGCGGACUCAACCCCGUGGUCUUGGAGGCUCGCGACAGAGUCGGUGGUCGAACUUUCACCGUAUCGAAUAAGGAGACCAAGUGGGUGGAUCUGGGCGGGGCUUACGUGGGCCCCACGCAGAAUCGCAUCCUGCGAUUGGCCAAGCAGUACGGCGUGAAGACGUACAAAGUCAACGAGCAGGAGAGUCUGCUGCAUCAUGUCAACGGAAAGUCCUACCACUUCAAAGGGUCCUUCCCCCCCACAUGGAACCCCAUCGUCAUGUUGGACUUCAACCAUCUGUUCAGGACAAUAGACGAGAUGGGCAAGGAGAUCCCCAGAGAGGCCCCCUGGAAAGCCCCCCAUGCUGAGGAGUGGGACAAGAUGAGCAUGCUUCAGUUCUUUGAGAAAAUCUGCUGGACCAAUGCCGCCCGCCGCUUCGGCACCUUGUUUGUCAACGUCAACGUGACCUCUGAACCCCACGAGGUGUCAGCCCUCUGGUUCCUGUGGUACGUGAAGCAGUGUGGAGGAACCAUGAGGAUCUUCUCCACCACCAACGGAGGACAGGAGAGGAAGUUUGUGGGGGGCUCCAACCAGAUCAGCGAGUGCAUGGCCAGAGAACUGGGGGAGCGUGUCAAGCUGCAGUCCCCGGUCUACAGGAUCGACCAGAGCGGGGACAUGGUGGUGGUGGAGACCACAGACAAACAAACCUACAAGGCUAAGUACGUGAUCGUGGCCACGCCUCCCGCACUCAACAUGAAGAUGCACUUCAACCCCGAGCUUCCCCCCCUGAGGAACCAGCUGAUCACCCGCGUCCCCAUGGGCUCGGUCAUCAAGUGCAUGGUGUACUACAAAGAAAACUUCUGGAGGAAAAAGGGUUUUUGUGGCAGCAUGGUGAUCGAGGAGGAAGGGUCACCCAUUGGACUGACGCUGGAUGACACAAAGCCCGACGGGACCGUGCCUGCCAUCAUGGGAUUCAUCCUUGCCCGCAAAUGCAGGAAGCUGUGUGGCCUCACCAAAGAGGAGAGGUUCAAGAGGAUCUGUGCGAUCUACUCCAAAGUGCUGGGCACUGACGAGGCUCUGCAUGCGGUCCACUACGAGGAGAAGAACUGGUGUGAAGAGGAGUACUCGGGAGGAUGCUACACAGCCUACUUCCCCCCAGGGAUCCUCACACAGUUUGGAAGGGUCCUGAGGGAGCCCGUGGGAAGGGUGCACUUUGCGGGGACCGAGACCGCCACUGAGUGGAGUGGCUACAUGGAGGGGGCGGUCCAGGCCGGAGAAAGGGCAGCAAGAGAGGUCUUGUGUGAAAUGGGUCGAAUCAGCCGCAGUCAGAUCUGGCAGACGGAACCCGAGUCCACGGAAGUGGUGGCGCUCCCCUUUGUGACCACCUUCUGGGACAGGAACUUGCCAUCAGUGGGCGGAGUCUUCAAGCUUAUGGGCGUCACCACUGUGGUGUGCGUGCUCGCCACAGCGGCCGGCGUGGUUGCCUACAAGAAGGGGCUCCUCCCGCGCUGUUAAGGGCCCGCCCAGGAGCCCCGACCGCCGCCCCGUCCAGUCCCAUGUGGCUCGACACGCACCGCGAGGAACACGUAGCAACACGGAACUUUUGAAGUGGUUUUAAAAAAAUAAUACAACACACCAUCUCUACUACUCCGUGCACUGCCAGCCAUGUUUACUUUCAUGAUCACCUGGGAUUUUUUUCUAACUGUGUGUGUGUGUGUGUGUGUGUGUGUGUGUGUGUGUGUGUGUGCGUGUGCGUGUGCGCGUGCGCGUGCGCGUGCGUGUCAAAUUACCUCUGCUCAUUAUUUUAGGUGCUGAUUAAUAGUGCUGAUGCAGCAUUUGUGCCACGGCAAGACAAGUCACACAGGAAGUUGAACAACACUUCUGGUACUCUCUCCUUGUUUGUUUGGUUCCAUUUGUUCAUCAGUCCCUAUUAAAGCCAUACAAAAACUAGAGGCAUUAUUUUACGUUUUAUAAAUAAUUUGUAUAAUUUAUCAGAGUAAAUCCAUCCAGUGAUUUUUUUGUGUGUUUAAAUAUUUAAAGUAAAAGCAUGUAUUUGUCAACAUUUUAUACUAAUGUAAUUAUCCCAGCAGGCACAAGACAUGAAAACAACGUUGAGAACUUGUUGAAUUAGGUCCUGACGUUGAACAACUCAAAUACAACGUUGAAACAACAUACGUUUUGACAGCGUUGAAUCAAUGUUGGGUUCUGACGUUGAUUUGAUCACUGAAUGUUGGUCAUUUCCCAACUAAUAUUCUACAACACAAAUACAACGUUAAAGGCCUACUUAAACCCACUACUACCCACCAUGCAGUCUGAUAGUUUAUAUAUCAAUGAUGAAAUAUUAACAUUGCAACACAUGCCAAUACGGCCUUUUUAGUUUACUAAAUUACAAUGUUAAAUUUCCCGGGAGUUUCGUCUUGAAAAUGUCGUGUAAUGACGACGUGUACGCAAGACGUCACGCGUUUUUAGGAAGUAUGAACGCUGCGCACACACACAGCUAAAUUUCGUCUGCUUUAACGGCAUAAUUACACAGUAUUUUGGAGAUCUGUGUUGCUGGAUCUUUUGCAAUUUGUUCAAUUAAUAUUGGAGAAGUCACAGUAGAAAGAUGGAGUUGGGAAGCUUUAGCCUUUAGCCACACAAACACACGGUGAUUCCUUGUUUAAAAUUCCCGGAGGUGAAAAUUUACUAUGGAUCAGAGCGUGGUCAAGCAAACAUGAAUCCAGACCAAAUGUCAACCAGCAGGUUUUGGUGAGAAAAUUGUGGUUAAAAAGUCGCUUCUUACCGGAGAAAAGCUGAGCUUGUGCCGUCCAUGAAGCUGUCGUCGACUUCCCUGACACAUUGGCGUCAAGACACCCGUGGAGACACCCUUCCGACUAUCAGAUACUAUUAAACUCACUAAAACACUAGCAACACAAUAGAAAGAUAAGGGAUUUCCCAGAAUUAUCCUAGUAAAUUUGUUUAAAAACAUCGGAAUCCGUCUCAAUGCAUUUGCGUUUUUUUUUUUUCUAGUCCGUCACUAUCAAUAUCCUCAAACACGAAUCUUUCAUCCUCGCUCAAAUUAAUGGAAAAAUUGUCGUUUUCUCGGUCCGAAUAGCACUUUUUGUUGGAGGCUCCCAUUAAAAACAAUGUAAAUAUGUGAGGAGCCCCCACACUUGCGACGUCAUCGUCGGCAACUUCUGGUAGAGGCAGGGCUUUUCUCUUAGCACCGAAAGUUGUGAACUUUAUCAUGGAUGUUCUCUACUAAAUCCUUUCAGCAAAAAUAUGGCAAUAUCGCGAAAUGAUCAAGUAUGACACAUAGAAUGGACCUGCUAUCCCCGUUUGAAUAAGAAAAUGUCAUUUCAGUAGGCCUUUAAAACAACAUGCUUUUUGACAAAGUUUAAUCCCUAGUGAUUUAGGGCUAUACAGUAUAAAUAAACAUUGAUUGACUGAUUGAAUGUUGGGUUAUGACGUCGAUUUGACCAUUGAAUUAUGGUAAUUUCCCAACCAAUAUUCUACACUCAAAUACAACGUUGAAACAACAUUCUUUUGACAACAUUUAAUCAAUGUCAGGUUGUAACAUUGAUUAGACCAUUGAAAUUUGGUCAUUUCCCAACCAAUCUUCUACAACUCAAACAUAAUGUUGAAACAACAUGCUUUUUGACAACGUUUAAUCAUUAAUCGGUUCUGACGCUGAUUUGACCAUUGAAUUUUGGUCAUUUUCCAACCAAUAUUCGAUAACACAAAUACAACAUUGAAACAACAUGCUUUUUGACGGCGUGUAUUCAAUGUUGGGUUCUGAUGUUGAUUUGAACAUUGAAAUUUGGUCAUUUCCCAACCAACAACAUGGAUCCAACGUUAGACAUCAACGUUUACAAAUACAACUAUUUUGCAACGUUGUUUCAAUGUCAGUUUUAAAGGACAUGUACGUAUAAUCAACGUUGAUUCAAUGUCUUGUGUCUUCUGGGAUUGUAUAGGGGAAAUGUAAAUAAUAAUUAUUAACACAAGUAAAGUAUAAAAGAUAUAUAACUAUAGAUACAA